AUUAACAGGCCAGCAGUACCAGGCUGUGUUGAAAUAGGGUAGCAUUCUUCCACGUUCCUGCUCAAACCACCAGCACAUGACAGAUUUCGACCGAACACUGAGAAUGGAUGCAGGGAGAGAACAACAUAGUGAUUUCCAUAGUGGAAUUGAGACAGUCACGUGUGAAGAAGACCUGCAUGAUGAAGAUCAUCCUCCUUACCUUCAGUCUAUCAGGAACCAAGUGUCCAUGUUCAGUGUGAGGUCUGUGAGACAUUACAGACUGACUGCAGUGAGUCUGUUACUUCUUGCUGCUGUUCUCCUGAUACUUAAUAUUGGCCUGGGAGUUCACUACAACAAGCUCACAGAUACUUACUUCACACUUGAUGAUACUGAACGCAUCAGUAAAGAGCUCAUCGACCUCCAGGAUACUUACAAGACUGCAGUAGAAAGAAUGAAAAGUACCAAGAAGAGGCUGAACAGUAAUAUAAGCCAUCAGAAACUAACCAGCUGGGAGCUUGAACACCAGACAAAAAGAAGCAAUGACUAUAAAAGUCAGAUAGAAAAAAUCACAAAGGAAAUUGAAACCAUGAGAUCAUACUUACCAAUGCUUAGCGAUGGCUGCAAACACUGUCCUGCAGGAUGGAUUUUAAUGAACUCUGUAUGUUACUACUUCCCCUUGAAAUCAAAUGAAAUCAAAACAUGGAAGGAAUCCAGAGAUUUCUGUCAGCUGCAGGGAGGAGAUCUUAUAAUCAUAGACAGCCGAGAUGAAGAGAACUUGACAGUAAAUUAUCUGAUGAAUCAUCAAGAUGCCCCGCUGCAGACCGGCGACCUAUUCAGUGACCAACCCACCUUUGAACAUUACAUGAGUUAUAUAGACCACUCCAUGAUACACGACUACUCAGAUUAUUAUGAAGAUGCCUCUGGGAUGAUGCCUCAGUCAAAUCCAAAAUCCCCAAAGGCUUUCUGGAUCGGACUGAGUGAUGUCCAAGAGGAAGGCACUUGGAAAUGGUGGGAUGGAACAUUUCUUACUGAGGGGUACUGGAACGAUGGAGAGCCAAAUGAUGUCAGCAAUGAGGACUGUGCAGCGUUGUAUCCCAAAGCAAACUUCUUCAAGAGCUGGAACGAUGUUAGAUGUGACACCCAAAUGAAAUGGAUUUGUGAAAAAGCACCAAAAUCCAUGAGCUAAAAUAUCUGUAAUACAAUUUUACAUAUGUGCAUGCUACUAUAACACAAAUAUCUGUAUAUAAUACAGUACAACACCUAUAUAAAAUAUAGAUGGUAUAUAAAAUAAACAGUUGUUUAUAAUAUGUUUUUUCUUUAUAAUAAUAAUAAUGGAUUGCAUAUAGCGCUUUUCGAAACCCUCAAAGCGCUUUACAAAUCCACUAUUCAACUGUGUAUACACUCAGAAUCAGAAUAUCUUUAUUCUAAUUGUAACAAGUAUUAAAAAAAAUGAAGUGCAGUGCCUGCGGUGUCAAGAGAAGAAAGUUUAAAUAUAAUUACCAAAGAAGUAUAAAAAAAGUAGAACAGUCAUUCAGUAAUAAUAAAUAGAACCCUACUUCACAUAAACACUAUUGCACAGAUUGUCCAUUGAAUAGUAUUUGUCGCGUUAAUUGUAGGUGAUUACUUGUAAUUCAAAGCCCUAACAACUACAGGGUAGAAACUGCUAUUUAGUCUAUUAGUCUUUGUUCUGGUGCUCUUGUAUCUUUUGCCUGAUGGCAGCAGUUGGAACAGAUUAUGAGCGAGGUGUGAGGGGUCUAUUAUGAUACUUCCUGCUUUCCUGAGACAGUGAGAGUGGUGCACUUCCAGUGCACAGCCAGUGAUCACCUGGGCAGUCUUGACAAUCCCCCGAAGUGUUUUCCUUGGCAAUGCUGAAUGCUCUCAGUAAAACAUCGAUAGAAGGACACAAAAUCCUGAAAUCCACAACAAUCUCCUUGGUCUUAGACUGUGUUCAGGAGCAGGUUGUUGUGCAACUUUAUCAUCUUGCAACAUAACAGGAAAUGUCCUUUCAAAAUAAAAUCCCAACAGAUGACAGUGAGGGCAUACCUAUUAGUUAGCACAACAACUUAACCUGAAAACUUCUUUUCUAUAGCAAAUUUCUUUAUUUUAAUUUGCACAUAAAUGAUAACUAUAAUUGAUUUACUCUGGCGGGCACUACAGUCUGCUGCACAAAACAAAUAAUUUAACCUUAUGCCUGAAGUAAUACGAUAUGUAUUAUACAGCAUGUAAGUAUGGUAAAGUAAUGUUUACAUUUGCUCUUGAACCAUUAAAAUAACUAUUAGUUAGUAAUAAACUAAACUAAAUCAUCUGAAUAC